UAAUAGCAACAGUAAUGUAGACAAACAAUCCAAAGACUCCCCGAACAUUCUAAAUGGCAGACAAUAAACGAAACCAAAAACGCUCCCACCCAGAAGAGAAUGAGAAAAAAGAGAACACCAUUUCCGACCAGCAAGUCCGGCAAGAAUCCUCAAAAGCCGCCUCCCAAUCCCUCACCGCGCAGAAAAAGGCCACAGAACUCAAAAAUGCCGCCGCAGGAGCCGGCGAUGCGGAUGAGCGCCAGAAACUCAUGGAGCGCGCCAUCGACCAGCAAAUCGAGGCCGAGUCCCUCGGCAAGACGGCGAAGUACAUGCGGUCGGGCACCUUCCAGGGCAUGGCCGUCGGCACUGGGUUAGGAGUCGCACCGGGGGCGUCCCUGGGCGCGUUGACGGGUACGUUGGUCGGGGGAGUCACGUCGACGAUUACGGGGGGCAUCGGCGGGGGGAUUGGAGCGGCGGCGGGGGCGCUGCAUGGGCCGUUUUGGAAUCUGGGGGAAGUGGCAGGUAAGGGUAUUCAGAAGGUUACGGGCAAUCUUCCCGGAUGGGAGGCUACGGAGGAGCAGAAGAAGACUCUGGAGAAGAUGAUUGGGCAGAUCAGUGAGGAGGAUAUGCCUAGUCAAGAGGAGUUGACGGGUAUGUCGAAGGAUGGGAAGGACGGCUCAUGGUCAUCUUGGGCUUCGAAUGCCUUACCUAGCAUGCAGUCGAAGAAUGACUGCAAGGAUGUCAAAGACGUGGAAGGGAAAGUAGCGACCGCUGGGAAGAAAAGCAGCAGUGGCAAAUCCCAAGGACCUAGCACGGCGGCGGACGACAAGGAGAACCGUCGCAGACCCCGGAAACUAAACACGAACCAAGAUGAAAAGAGUACAAAGCGCUUGUCAUCGGAUGGCGGAGAAAGAAAGAAACCACUCAAGUUGGAGACGCGGUCUACGAAUGCAAAGGCUCCAUCUGGGACUGCGAGUACGAGGAAAUCGCCGCGGAAGCUGGAGAAGCGAACUUAGCCAUCGACUAAUCUGUGGAGACAUUAUUGUUCCUAAUUUUUGAUUGGCUUACAUCCAAUGAUGAUGCAUAUGUAGCAGUGAUUAGGUCUGGUGAUUUCAAGUUUGCACUUCGUUAUGAGCUGUCGAUAUCAACAUCAGUACCAUUGCAACUGAAC